UUAAGGUCUUAUGUCUAACUGUAGACAUAGAGACAUGUGUGAGUGAACUAACACUUGGUGCAGUGACCAGCUGGACACGUAAUGUCUUAGUUUACGAGUGUUGGUGACAGACAACAAUAUGUAAGAGUGUUACCAGUGGUAGUAGAGGGUGCGGUGUGCUGAUGGCAUGUGUGCCCGGGCGGCGUGUGUCAGCCCAGCGUGACCUGGGCCCCCCUGGGUCCGGGCCACUACACUAAGCUUCCCGCUGGGUCAUGGACAGCCUUAAGGGCGUCAAGUCUGCCCUGGGCGGGUCCGGGGCCGGGUUGGGGACGGGCGCGGGGGCGGGCUCCUACCUAGCCAGCAUGGAGACCCUCUUGGGAGACUACAUGGAGAGGCUGGGCACGCGCCUCAACGUGCUGGAGACAGAGCUGCGCUAUGCCUGGCGUGCCCUCGACAUGCUCUCACAGGAGUACGUCAAGAUGUGGGAGCGCCUCGAGAAGCUGGAGAUUCUGCUGUACGAGCAGCAGGCUGUCAUCGCCCAGCUGCUGGAGUUCUACACAGCCUUUGACCUACAAGCUCUCCUCGCAGAGAAGGAAGAGCCAGCUUUACCCGCAGAAACUACAACUGUAGCCGCCGCUGCUGCCGCCGUCGCUGUGGUGGCAGGUCCGACGGAUGAUAACUCUGAGAACAGACUCCCAGACGAGGCCUUCUACAGGAGCCUCAACAACGCCCACCGCGACAACCUCUCGCAGGUGUCGGAGUCGACGGACCAAGAACUGGCGAGAAUCUGGGACUUGGAGGAAACUGAGAAGGAAUCAGAUUCUUCUGAAGCAAGAAAAAAGGAGAAAGAGAGAGAGAAGGAGAAUGAAAAAGACGAGGUGUACACGGCAGAUGACUACAAGGACUACAGAGGCCAGAGCACCUGUAUCAGUGAACACGACCUCCAGGAGCUGCGUAAGUUCACCACGCUGGACAAGGUCGCCCUGGGGAAGCUCAAGGAGCUUGACGCUCUCAGCGCCAAGCUCCUGAAAGACUCCCAGAACCUGCGGGACCUGCGCGAGAGGUUAAUAUCGUCCCCGAAGAUGGGGUCGCCAACCUCGACCUCCCCCCGGCACGUGGCCAAGCCUGAAGGUGCCGCCGCUGCCGUCUCCGUGUCGCAGCCGGUGGACAACAAGAUGGCGGAGUCUGUAGUGGAUGUGAAGCUGCGUCAGAUGUACCUGGACUCUAACUUAGAGGACUGGACGUUCAGCCCGAGAACGUCGGAGCCGCAGAGAAGUCGCCCUAACUCUCAGUUGUCUACUGACAGCAACGCCACGGACUCUGAGAUCAUGGCAGCACUUGGCCUGAAGAGCUCCACCUCCAUCUUGGGUUCACCGCGACACCGCGAGCUUCUCGCCAAGGCUCCCUCGCCGCUCCCUGGGUCAGAGGCCAGCUCAUCGGCCAGCAAGGAGACCCUCGUCGGGAUGUCUGACUUCAGUGUGAUGGGACGAAAGACACCGGAUCCUCUCAUCGGGGGAGACAGAGCUAUGGGGUCCUCUUCACCCACCUUCUAUACAGCAUCCAGCGAGAAGCUCAGAUCAUCGCCGCCGUUUGGACCUUCAAGGACUCGCCAGGAUGGGUACGUCAUCUCCCCUCGGCCAGGGAGUCCCAAGGAUGCGACACGGUCCAAGAAGACCUCCCUCACGCCCACCAACCUCGAGCCAGGAUCCACCAGCAAACGACCUGCAACUCCAUCCUUCGUGUUAUCCAAGGAACUCGGCCACAGUCCUAGAGCCACUCCUCGUCUCAUGAGUCCGAAGAGUCCUAAGAGUCCCAAGAGUCCCAAGUCACCAAAGAGUGCCAAGACUCCAUCGCCCAUCCGGUACUCUGAGCUGGGUAAGUACGACUCGGGUAUCUCCACCCUCAGCAGCAGUAUGAGUACCUCCUCGAGCAUCGAAAAGAGUCCGACCAGCCCAAGGCCCGGCAGGAGAGCCUCCCCCUACAGAACGGACCGCACUGAGAGGCUGGAGGAUCUGUAUCUGCCGUCCGCUACCUCAGCAGCCAUGUUAGCUUCUGUCACAACGACCUCAGCACCCAUCACCUUUCCUUCAGCAUCCUUGUCCGCCUCCUUGAACGACCAGUUCAAGUUCAGCGCCAUGGGGGAAAGUCUGACCAGAGAGUCCAAGAUGUUUAGCUCUGCACCCAUUCUUGAAGAGUCACCCCAGCCCACCACAACGACUUCUUUUUUACACAUAUCAACCUCGAAACCUGACAUACUUAACACGGUACUAAACGCUGAGAAGGCAGACCCACGCAUAUCAUUCAUGUCCCCUUCCCUGCCCCCAGCGACCUCGGUUUCAGCUGUGACCUCAAGUAUUUCUUCAGGCUACCUCACCCUUAGUCCCAGAAGGACGAGUGCCAAAGGACGAACUGGUAGUAACGCAACCUUCGAGGAGGCGUCUUUUAGUACGUACAGUAUCUACGCCCUUACCGCCGACCCCAUCACCAGGGUCAGCGGCAACAAAGCUGAGGAGAUUUUUCUCGAGGAUAUGCUUAUGGGUUCUUCUGCGCCACCUCCUCCUCCAGCACCAACUUCGAGUACUUAUUCUCAUUACUAUACCGGAUCGAGGUCGAGCGUGGCCUCCUCCUCCCUCCUGACCAACACCUCGCUGGCUGACACUUACCCCUCCAACCUCUCGGUGUCGCCCAGCAUGGACAGAGCCUAUCAGGGGAAGCAGCAACAGCAGUACCAAACAUCGCCCUACAUCAACGAACCUAAAUACUCGGCUCCUGCUUACCUGAACGCCGCCGGAGAACUUAAAUUCGUGGGUCAACACUCGCGAAGAUUUGACCAUCUAUCGGACAUGGAGCCGGGACGCUCAGAAAAUCGGCACAGCUUCGGCGCCGACAGUUCCGACUCGAUCUCGUCGUAUUCGUCCAGCUCGAGCUUCUACCCGUCGUCUGGCCCGGGAGGUAAGGACGGCAUGAAGUAUAAGUACCAGCCGAACUACAGCCAGCCUCCCCCCUACGGCGCACCACCUACCUCAUCCUCACACAUCGUCAGUAGAUACGUCCCCUUGGAGGACAACUUGAAGGGGGAGACAAUAUCCCGAUACAAACAGGCUUAUGGGUAUGACCCGACACAGCCCAUGAUGAGAGAGCAUCCCUACGAGUCUCCCGACGCCUACAUGAAUACAUAUCCCCCAAAAGACAGGUAUCGACCAGUCACCAACGUGGUGGAGUCUCCGUUGCUCAAGAGUGAGGAUCUGUCAGGAUCAUUGAGGAAUAUGGAGAACAUCCUGUCGACGGCGGCUCACGAGCCUCCCCCUCCACAGGGACCAUCUCCGACCCCUCGCUCCAGGAGUCGCUACGACCGCUACCACAACACCCGCAGACACACUCAGGCGGUGCCCACCACGCACACCGAGCUGAUGCGUCAGAUGCAGUGGGCAGACGGGAAGACGGACAGACAGGUCAAUCUGGAACUUAACCUCAAGAGGUACAGUCCCCAGAACGCGCAGGAACACCGUCAGCUGGUGCAGGAGGCCCACCCGGCCCAGACCUACUAUGAUAACAGCAACGUGCUGGUGUCCCAGGCGGGGUACAUCACCAUCACGCAGGACACCGUGCCCAUCAAGACUAAGGGGCAGCACGAGGAGAAGAAGAAGCUGAGGCGCGGCGCCAGCAUGAAGUCUGCCCUCAACAGCAUGACCAAGAUGAUCCCCAGCAUCGACAUCAUGGGCAAGAGGUCCAGGUCUCACAGCCUGCCCUCGCGACCCAUACAUGAAGACGAGCCCAAACAUAAAGACUACCAGACGGCGACACUUGGGAGACGGAAAGAGAAGAAGCGCAGCUCUCUCAUGUCCACUAUGUCAGGGUUCCUGCAGAAGACCAAGCGGCGCGGCAGCAGCCUAUCACUCAGGUCACUGUCUGACUCAGAACAAUCAGACAUGGACAUUGGUCGACCUAUACCUCGCCGCACCAUCUGGGACGACGACAGCGAUAACAGCAGCUUGAUGUCUGACAGCACGACCGCUGCUGAUAACCUUUUCCCAACGAUGAAACAAACAAAGAAGUACAGUUCUGCCUCCAGCAGCAAGGAAAACAUCUCGGCUCUGGCAACAACAGCCGAGUCCCCGCCUAAGACAGAAGAGCCAGUGUCAGACACGACUGAGGAGGGUCUCCUGCAGGACGUGGAGAACCUCUUCCCCACAGUGGGCGAGCUGAAGCGUUCCGACAGUCGAGAGAAAGAUGUGGAAUCGAAGCAAACCGCCGGGUCCUCCCGCGUGGGAGGGCGGCGAGAGUUCGCGGUUUCUCGCGCCUUGGGCAAGUACCGCCAGCGUCACUCAUCUUCCGCCCAAUCUGACGACCAGAGCGGAUCAGAGGAGGCAACUCGCGCCAGUAGUAGCGGUUCUGACAGUGGCUCUCGUCCACCCAGCAACCACCAGAUACUGAGUCCUCUGCCCCCCGGGGAGCUACCACCACAAACACUAUCUGACCGACCUCCGGUGGGCCCGGGAGCCCCACCCUCCGAGCUGCCUGGAUCAGAGAUGCUUCCCCAGAAGGACAACGCUGCUGCCAGUGAGCUACAACAGGUCAACAACAAUAUAACUGACCUGUCUCGCGAUACAGCAGCCGAGGACCAGAACGCUGCCAGCCAGUUCGGUUAUCAGUACUUUAAAGAUGUCAACAUUCCUCCGAAUGUAAAUUUUCCCAUGAGCGGCCAGGAGACCCUUCCCGUUGGUGGUACUUGUCCCCCAGCACCGACUUAUAAUGCUCCCCAACUCCCUCGUGAUGCCCAACCCUUUCCUGGCCAUGCUCAACAACCCUUCCCCCAAUAUCCACAAGAGUCUACCCUUCACCCUAUUUCUAACACUGCCUCUCUUACUUACUAUGAUCCGAACUUCCCCUCUAACACCGGUUUUAUUCAGCCAAAAAACGGGGAAGCGCCCGCCCCUAACAGCAGGACUGCGGCAGCGGAGGCUUCCCCGGGGCUAGGCGUGACGCCAGCCGCCGCCGCCGCUGCCCUUCUACAACAACCUGUCGUCAACAAAAACAUUGAUAUUAGCGUGUCUGGGGAGGCGGGCGAUAGUGACACGUCCGUAAGCGAGUCUCUGGGGGCGGAAGGAACUCCCUCCCGCGGUAGAGACCACAGCAGACGCUCGCCACCUGACGCUGCCAAGGACUACAGGCUGGCUCCUCCCAGCCAGAGGACACACUCUGAAGAAGAUGACAAUCGCUCCGUGCGAAGCUUCCGCAUGUCGCGAGGAUCCUCCAGGCGCCAGAGCACUGAGGACUCCAUCGACUCUGACGACGAGUGGUACCGCUACGAGCUGCGUAAGUUGGAGCUGAUGGAGGCGGACCAGUGGCGGGAACCAGAGCUGGAGGAGUGCUACCCCAUGCAGCCGGACGACCGAGUACGUGGCUACAUGAACGUGGUUCUGUGCGAGCUGCAGGGACGUGUUAAGACAGCGGACUCACAUGUGCCAGGUAGUGACAGGUCUCCCUCCGUGCUCCCGGCUGGACCUCAACAACUACCUUCCAAGGCCGUGUCUCCAAGCCUCCCUGGAGCGGUGUCUCCCAUACUAGCCACCCACCAGGCGCCCCAAGACGUGUACGAGGACGCCAUGUCCAGCGUUCUCUCUAAUGAAUCUGCGUUCUUCUCCGCUGCAGGAGACAGCCGCCAGAGUUCUCUCCGUUACUCUGAGUCUCAGGACACUCAGGUCUCCCAGGAGAGCGCCGUGUUCUCCAUGUACAGCAGUGACGGGCGGCGAGACACCCGGGGCGUCCUGGAGGAGCCCGCCCCCGCCAAGACCCGCCCCACACAGUCCAUCAUGCGUGCCCGUAUUGACUCUGACGACGAUGGUUCCUCAGGAGAGACUUCAGGUCCUGACUCACCUGAAGAAGACUUAGAAGAGGAAGAUGAUGAUGUUCCACCACCUGUCAUCAUGGAGGUCGUUCCUAAAGCAGCGCCUCCUGAAGAACCUCCCGCGGUUCAGAAGGGCAGGCGGACGCUGCCGGUGCCUCCCAUGGAACCUACAAGACCUCCAUCAGCCGAGUUGGCCGAGCCAGUAGUAGCGCCACCUGAACCCGUCUUACCGAAGCCUAGGGAAGACACCCGCCAUAUUACAGACGACCUCGCCUUCGAAUCGGACCUGGUGACUCAUUUGAACAGGAUAACAGAUACAUCCUUAGAGCCCGUUGAGGUAGCGUCCCCUACCCCGCCCCCGCCCCGACCCCCGACAGACCAAACUACCCCAGGUACCGAGGUCACGGCCCCAAGCGACGCUAUUUCGGUGCAUGAAGACAAAUCACUCGCUGAAAAAGACUCAGAACUCAGCGACACUAAACCUCAGAUCACUGUCGAGGGCGAGGAAGCCAAGGAGGAGGACCUAGAAAGCGCUGAAGGUGCCUCGGCUAAGCCCAAACCCUCCCUGAGAGGUCCUGGCAGUAAGUGGAAGCUGGUAAAGGCCCUCAAGGAGAAAAAGGAAGAGCAGAAACAGGAGAAAGAAGAAGAGACCUCGUCAACACCUUCAGUAAACGUUCACCAGGGAGAACAACCUGAAGAUGAUCUG